AUGGCAUUCGCAACAAAACGCCUCGGCAAGGAAUUGAAAAAGCUUCAUGAAUCUCUGCCGCCUGGUAUUGAACUUGUUAGCGCUGAAGACUUCCAAGACUGGCUACUGGACAUUCGGGUCCUCGAUGCGAACCCACUCUACCUCAACCAGACAUACCGUCUAAAGUUCAAGUUCAGUGCUCAAUAUCCCAUUGAACCUCCAGAAGUGGUAUUUGUGAACACUAAGGACCGCCCUAUUCCCAUGCACCCGCAUAUCUACUCAAACGGAAUCAUCUGUCUCGACCUCCUCGGCUCACAAGGCUGGACACCCAUACAAAAUGUGGAGAGCAUAUGCAUGAGUCUACAAAGCAUGUUGACUGGAAACAGCAAAAACGAGAGACCAGAAGGAGAUCAACAGUUUGUGGCGAAUAACAGGAGACGACCAAGAGAUAUCGACUUCUAUUACCAUGACAAUACGGUUUAG